AUGUCUUCAGAGGACUCCUCAAAAGUACCUCCACAAACUUUUAUUCUUCCACAAUUCGUCCCUCUCACUCGCGAAUCUGCACAAUUAUCUCUGCAAAGAUAUGAUCGUCAGAAGCGACGGGAAAAGAGAGCCAAAGAGCUUCUGAAGGAACAAAAGCGGAAACGGAGGGAAUGGAUCCGCCAGAAGUCCAAUAUGGAUAAUGACAAAUCGGAGGUUGAGAAUUCAACUUAUGUUCCGCAUUCCUCCGUUCAUGUUGAUGAGGGUCUAAUAGAACCCAGUUCCGAUGACGAUGACUCCUUUGAAAUGCCAGAAAAGCCUAACCCUAUGCUUGUAGUGGGUAAAAAGCUUAUUCCCCCACUUGAUAGCCGGUUUUGCUCAAAGCGAUAUACUGGAAGAGCACUUCAAGAAAUGGAUGAUUUCUAUCGUUACAAAGGGAGUUUUGUGGUGAUAAGUGGAGAUAAAACAAUCUACAGAUUCAGUCUCUACCCAGCGCUGUCUAUAUUUGGACCAUUCAACCCCAUUCGCCGAAUUGCUAUCUACAUUAUGAUAUAUUAUGUUCGUUGUCCCGAGUCUUGGCAAUCUAUCAGCCCUGCGAUCAUUGAGAGUUCUUCGAGCGUUGAAGACGGUCUUAAGACGAUCAUCAGUGCACUAAUGGAUGCUGUGAUGCAUCUUCGAGAUGUGGCCGUAUUGACCCUCUUCAUGCUCUCCAUAUUUGCUCUUAUCGGAGUGCAGUUGUAUCGGGGAACACUUCUUAGAAAAUGUGUUAUUCCAUGGCCAGGAAUAAACACUACUGCUGGUGGGAUCACUUUCAGCCAACUUGUAGACGAUAUCUACCAUAAUAGGACUUUCGACGAAGACUUGACCUCCGAAGUUAAAGGCAUAUUUAACAGCACAUUCCCUUCCUUUUGGGAUAAUUAUCUGAACAAUAUGGAUGUAACCAAAAGCGACAAAUUUCAACUCAGUGACCAUAUGGUGACCUCUGUUUGGUCGGCGCUGACGAACUAUUCUCGUUGGCAAGUAACGGAGUAUUUCUAUGAACAAAGAGACGUCCAAAAUAUGAGACAAAAUUCCGAUUUCCUUUGCAGAGAGGGCAAUAGCACGUGUCCAGUCGAUUUUAUUUGCAAGCAGACUCGCGUUGGAAAUCCAAAUUUUGGAUACACAAACUUUGACAAUUUUGCCAGUGCUCUUCUCUGUUCCUUUCGGCUCAUAACACAGGACUACUGGGAAAGUCUCUACCAAUUGGUUCUGAGAGCUAACGGACCAACGCAUGUAUUCUUCUUUGGAAUGGUGAUAUUUCUUGGCUCAUUCUACUUGCUAAAUAUUAUUUUAGCUAUUGUUUCAAUGUCUUAUGAACAAGUCUGCAAGCAGGACAUGGAGUCAGAUGCCCAGAUAGCCGCAGCAAUAUCGCAAUGUGCAGAAGAGGGUGAGGAACAGGAACACUGUGAGGUCACAAAGAAUACAACUUUGGAUAGCAGUAAUGCCUUCCAUUAUUCAAACACUUCACAUCGACAUUCCAUUCCCACCACCAAACCUCCACUCACAACAACAAGAAAUAACUUGGUAAUCUCGAAGACGCGAAUGCCAAGAAGAUGGAAGAGUGAAAAUAUCCUGCUCAAACAGGGAGACAUGAUAUCACCUAAGUUCUGGGAGAGCGCUGUGCUUUUUGCUGACGAAUUUUCAGUGGAGAACAUGUCCUUUGAAAAGGGACUAAAUUCACUGUCCCCGGUCACAAAUAAGGAGCGAAUCUCUCUAGUUUCGGCUGAGUUGUCUAAUAUCAGCGAAGCUUCUAUUUUAAACCAACCUGAGCAAAAUGCUUUUGGCAAUGGAAACUCAGAUGCCAUCACGAUUGUGAGAAAUCAGCAGUGGGGAGCGAUUCUAAUUGAUGAUAAGGAAAUUGAACUAAAUUAUAUGAGUAGCUACAUGACAUCUUCUCUCUCUCUUCUCAAGUGGAAUGCUGUGGACAUCUUCAAUGUCUGCUUAAAAGUCCUACUCAGUUUACCUGCGCGGGUAUGGCGCUACAUCUCCAAACAGACCGAAGCAGUAUUAUGUGGAUGGACCUGCUGUCCCUGUUACUAUGUGUUUCGACGCUAUGUCGGCUUCUUUAUCCUUGAUCCCUUUGUUGAGCUCUUUAUCACACUUUGUAUCGUCAUCAAUACCAUUUUCAUGGCAAUUGACCAGCCCGAAAAGGGUGAAGCCCUUACGCAAGCUCUUCGAAUAGCCAAUUAUUUUUUCACAACAACAUUCACCGUUGAAGCAGCUCUCAAAUUAAUUGCACUCGGAGCCAAAGAGUAUUUUGCGGAUUCAUGGAAUAUCUUCGACUUUGUUGUAGUAUUCUUCAGUCUAGUUGAAAUUCCCCUAACAAACGUUCGUGGACUCUCUAUUCUUCGUGCAUUUCGUUUGCUAAGAGUUUUCAAACUGGCGAAGUCGUGGCAGACAAUGAAAUUGUUAUUUUCAAUUGUCGCGAUGACUCUAAAUGCAUUGGGGAACUUAACAGCUAUUUUAAUGAUAUCUGUCUUUGUGUUUGCUGUGCUUGGAAUGUCCCUAUUUGGGGAGAAUUACAAAGAGUUCACGAAUAUCACACGGUUUCCCGAAAAAGGUGGCAAGAUUCCUCGUUGGAAUUUCUGUGAUUUCACGCAUUCCUUCAUGAUUGUCUUUCGAGUGCUCUGUGGUGAAUGGAUUGAAUCUAUGUGGGACUGUUUGGAAGUGAAUGGUUGGAGUUGCACAAUAUUCUUCCUCAUGACUAUGGUCCUUGGAAAUCUAGUAGUACUAAGCUUAUUCCUGGCGCUCCUGUUGAGCUCCUUUAGCGCCGAAAGCUUUCAAAAGGAGGAAGAAUGCGGAGAUCAAAAUAAACUUCAAAUAGCUCUUGAUCGUAUUUACCGUUUUGGAAUUUGGAUGAAAUUGAACAUUCAAAAGAUUUUCACCUACAGAACUAGACGACGUUGCUCCCGAAGUAGAAAAUGCCCGUAUUCUUGCAGUUCUCCAAUAUCGUCAAUACACAAGACCUCUGAUACAUCAUCACCUCAUCAAGAUUGUGAAGGCAAUGAAGAGAAAUUUGAGGUGCGCGAAAAUGAUCCAGAAGAAGUUUUGGAGGCGGAGUCUGUGGACAUGGCCUUUUGGGAACAUCCAGAGGAUUGUUGUGCACCAUGGCUCUGGAAUUUAGUCAGUCCACUUUGCAACGGAGUUCUGGGUUCCAAAGUUGGAGCAGUAUGGAGACGUCUCAGACAAAGCUGCUACUGCAUUGUGGAAAAUCGAUAUUUUGAGAGCUUCAUUUUCCUCAUGAUCAUCAUCAGCAGUGGGACUUUGGCUCUUGAAGACAAGAAUCUACCUUCCAGACCGAGAUUGAAAAUGGCACUAGAUUACAUGGACAAAAUCUUCACGUUCAUUUUCUUAAUGGAGAUGCUUUUGAAGUGGUUCGCCUACGGGUUAAGGAAAUUUUUCAGCGAUGCCUGGUGCUGGCUUGAUUUCACUAUUGUUACGAUUGCUGUUACAAGUAUGGUCUUGAGCUAUGGGAAGACAGACGGGAAAACAAGUAUGAAUUCCUUUAAAGCCAUGCGAACUCUUCGAGCUCUGAGACCACUAAGAGCUCUUUCAAGAUGGGAGGGAAUGCGGAUUGUUGUGAAUGCUCUGCUUCAAGCCAUUCCAUCUAUUUGCAAUGUGGUCUUGGUCUGCUUGUUAUUUUGGCUCAUUUGCUCCAUUAUGGGAAUGCAACUAUUUGGUGGAAAAUUCAGAAAGUGUGUUAGUGAAGCAACCGGAGAGCGACUACCGGCUGAUCAGUAUCCUAAUCGAACUAUUUGCGAGCUGCAUAAGAAAUUAUAUAAAAACGUUAGUUGGGAUAACUCAAAGAUAAAUUUCGACAAUGUUCCCAAUGGAUUUCUUGCGUUGCUACAAGUCGCCACUUUCAAGGGGUGGAUUGAAAUAAUGGCAGACGCUGUGGAUAUAACUGAUUAUGAUCAACAACCCGUGUAUAACAAUGCCACCAGUUACUACCUAUUCUUCAUACUCUUCAUUAUUGUUGGAUCAUUCUUCACACUGAAUCUCUUCAUUGGUGCUGGCGGUUCAUUAGAGUUAUUCAUGACUGAAGAUCAAAAGAAGUACUAUCAAGCUAUGAAGAAGAUGGUCAGAAGGACACCACAAAAGCCAAUACCAAAACCAAAGCUAAAGGUUUCACGAUGGAUAUUUAAGAUAAUUUCAAAUCGUAACUUUGACCUCUUCAUCUUGGGAAUGAUCGGUUUGAAUACACUCAUUAUGUGCUUCGAACAUCAUCGUCAAUCUGAAGUCAUGAAGCAUUCCAUGGAAAUUAUCAACAAAGUUUUCGUUAUUAUCUUCACUAUUGAGUUCGUGCUUAAACUUAUCGGUCAACGAUGGUAUUACUUUAAAGAUCCAUGGAAUAUUUUCGACUGUUGUAUAGUUAUAUUCUCCCUCGUUUGUUGGGGUGUGGAGGACUUAAUGACCACACUUCCUGUUCCGCCAACUACAAUUCGAAUCGUGCGGCUGUUCCGCGUUGGUCGAGUGCUUAGAUUGGUUAAAUCAGCCCGCGGAAUUCGCACCCUCCUAUUUGCCUUGAUCGUCUCGCUUCCAGCACUUUUCAAUGUAGCCUUGCUUCUGUUUCUCACUGCUUUUGUUUACUCCAUUGUUGGAAUGUCCUUCUUUGGCAAAGUUGCCUACUAUGCUGGAAUUGAUGCUGAAUUCAAUUUUGAAACAUUUUCACAAGCAUUCAUUAUUCUGCUCCAGAUGUCUACUUCUGCAGGUUGGAGCGCAGUAUUUGAAGGUCUGAGCAAUACCGAUCCUGCCUACUGCAGUAUGGAGGAAGGAACUUGUGGCAACUUCCUUUGGGCCACCCUAUUCAUGGUCUCCUACCUCAUUAUUUCGUUUAUGGUCAUCAUUAACAUGUACAUUGCCGUCAUUCUGGAGAACUUCAGUCAGGCUACCGAAGAUGUCCAGCAGGGUCUUACCCAGGACGAAUUCGACGCGUUCUAUGAAGUUUGGGAGCUUUAUGACACUCACGCUCUCGGAUUUAUUGAGCUCAAGUACCUUGAAGAAUUCGUUGAGAAAAUUGGUCCACCAUUGGGAAUUCCACGACCCAACAGAAUUCGAUUGGCUUGCCUCUCUGUUCAAAUCUGUUCACAUGAUAGAAUAUUCUGUAUGGACCUACUGGAUGCUCUAACUCGAAACUUUCUCGGUCGUCUCACAACAGAGCAUCCGGAGACCCUUGUUGAACAAGUCGAGAUUGGUGUUGCAAACACAUCCACAACUCAAGAAGGUGGAAUUGAUCGGAACAACUUUGUAGCUAAAGCUGCCAAAGAACCUGUGGUGCCUAUCAGUAACACCUAUGAGCGACAAAGGGAGCGUAUGGCUGCAUACAAAAUUCUAUAUUUCUGGAGGAGGCAUGGGAGACGGAAGUUAUCCGGAGAGAAGCUAACUUGGAAUCAACAAUACUAUUAA